UUAAACGUCAGAUUGACAAAUUUCAUAAAAUUAUAAUAUUAAAAUAAGCUAAUAUUUAAAAACUGCGAUUAUAGCGAAUUUAAACAAAAAAAUCGUUACUUUUCCAAUCUUUUGAUGAUUAAUGCGUUUAUUUAUAAAAUAUUUAUCAAAAUCAAGAAAAUCCCCUCCUACUACUGCCCAAAACAUUGACGUGUUCUUUCAUAAAUUUCACAAUUUCAACGAUUUAUAAGCCAUUUAGUAACUAUUAGUGUAGCUUAAAGGAUUUAUUUGAAUCUACAAUCAAUUAAAAGACUUCAACAAAUAAAUCUCACUCAACAACCUAAUUUAUUUAUAAAUAAAUAUGUUAUUAAUCUCUUUUUUUAUCUAUUGAUUAAACCACAUUGAAGCAACCUUCAGUGAAGCAUUAACAAUGCCUUCAUUAUCAAUCAUUUUUCUUUUCAUAACAUUUUUUUGUGGAAUCUUUGCUCCACCGGUUACAAAAAAUCAACAAAAAGAAAAUGAACCAGUUAAAGAUGGUCUUGAGGAUUACAUGGAAUAUCAUAGAUAUUUACGCGAAGUAGUUAAUGCACUUGAAUCAGAUGGCGAAUUUAAAAAGAAAUUAGAACAAGCUAAUGAAGAUGAUAUCCGAACUGGUAAAAUAGCCCACGAAUUACAAUUUGUUGCUCAUCACGUUCGAACUCAACUGGAUGAAAUUAAAAGACGCGAAUUGGAUCGUUUAAAAGAAUUAAUGCAAAAGAAAAAAGAAUUAAUGGAUGAUAAUGAAAUCGAUGAAGAUCCAAUUCAUCACCAUGUCGAUCAUGAGAAUCCUCACACAUUUGAAAUUGAUGAUUUAAAAAAAUUGAUUAAGAAAACUACCGAAGACUUAGCUGAAGCUGAUAAAAAGCGACGAGAUGAAUUCAAACAAUAUGAAAUGCAAAAAGAAUUUGAGAAACAACAGAAAUUAAAUGAAACAGCUCCAGAUGAACGUAAUAAAUUAGAAAAAGAGUAUAAAGAACAAGAAGAGAAACAUAAAAAACACGAAAAGUUACAUGAACCUGGACAUAAACAACAAUUGGAGGAAGUUUGGGAAGAACAAGAUCAAAUGCAACAAAAUUUUGAUCCAAAAACUUUCUUUUUAUUGCAUGAUUUGGAUGGAAACGGUUUGUGGGAUGAAACGGAAGUGAAAGCACUCUUUAUCAAAGAAUUAGAUAAAAUGUAUGCAGCUGGAGCACCUGAAGACGAUAUGAGAGAAAGAGCAGAAGAAAUGGAGAGGAUGCGAGAAGCUGUUUUCCAAGAAGUUGAUCUUAAUCGAGAUGGAUUUAUUGAUUUUGAUGAAUUUAUCGCUCAAACAAAACGAAAUGACUUCCAAGAAGACCACGGAUGGCAAGGAUUGGAUGAACGGAGACAAUUCACUGAUGAGGAGUUUGAGGAAUACAUCAGACAGCAUAAUGCAGCUUCUCAACAAGUACCUCCCGGUUAUCAUCCACCUCAGGUUCAAGGUUAUCCGCAGGGUGGAUACCAACAACAAAACGCUUAUCAAGCCCCGCACCCUGCUCAGCAGGUUCCACCGGGCGCUUAUCAAGUACCUCAUCCCGCCCAACAGGUUCCACCAGGUGCCUAUCAAGGACCACCUGGUGGAUACCAACAACAACCGCCACCAGGUGGUUACCAACAACAACCACCACCAGGUGGUUAUCAAGUACCACCUGGUAGUUAUCAAAUGCCACAAGGUGGACAAGCACCUCAUGGUGCUUAUCAAGUUCCCCAAGGUGGUCAACAACCACCACCUGGAGGGCAAGCAUCACAAGGGGGUUACCAAGUGCCACCUGGUGGGCAACCACCACAAGGUGGUUAUCAAGCACCACAUGGUGGACAACCACCACAAGGUGGUUAUCAAGUACCACCUGGUGGUUAUCAGGUGCCAGUUGGUAAUGCGCCUCAACAGGCUGUAAAUCAACAAUAUAAUGCACAAAAGGAUACUCCGCCAGAUAUUCCUAAUCCGAAUAGAGAAGGAGUGCAACAACAAAAUAAUGUUCCACAGGUAAAUGUUCAGAAUGAUAAUGUUCCACAUCAGGAUACUAAUUCACAACAGCAAGGAAUUAACCCAGAAAAGAAUAAAAAACAUGAUGAACCUAUUUUGCAGCCAAAGCAAGGUGAAGAUCAGCAACAGCAACCUAAUAAACUUUAAUUUAAAAUAAAAAUAUUCAAUUUAAGUGAGUAAUUAAUAUCAGAAUCAUAUUUUUUAAAUAUCAAUGUAAUAUAAUCCUAUACUAAUAAAGUUGUCUUCUUUAA